UCUGAAGACGAGCUGCACCACUGCUUACCGCUCGAACUCUUCAGCUUCUCAGGAGGAAGGGUGAGACAGCUUAUGAGGACUGCUUAGAGGGCUUUUAAGCGGAUGACAAACUGCGCAUUAAAAUGGCUGAAAUGGAUGCAGAGUUUGGCGUGAAGAGCAGCAGCAUCAUCAGGGAAUGGAGUGGACAGCUCCAUCCUGCUCUGGUUGCCUCGUUUGUUUUCCUCUUCUGUCUGGAAGCCUGUCUGUGGGUCAGAAACCUCAGGCUCAAGAGAAGACUCCCAGGACCCUUCGCCUGGCCCGUGGUGGGAAACGCCUUACAGCUGGGCCAGAAGCCUCACAUCACCUUCACUAAACUUGCCAAAAAAUAUGGCAACGUGUACCAGAUAAGACUGGGCUGCAGCGACAUUGUGGUGCUGAAUGGGGACCAGACGAUCCGUCAGGCCCUGGUACAGCACAGUGCAGAGUUUGCAGGCAGACCAGACUUCGUGUCUUUUCGGUCUGUUUCUGGAGGAAAAAGCUUGACUUUCACAAAUUACAGCAAACAGUGGAGGAUGCACAGGAAAAUUGCUCAAACGACAAUUAGAGCAUUCUCAUCUGCCAACAGCCAAACAAAAAAAGCUUUUGAGCAGCAAAUUGUGGCUGAGGCAAAACAGCUAGUUGAGAUUUUCCUUGAACUAAGUGCUCAGGGCCAAUAUUUCAGCCCUGCUCAUGAGCUGACUGUAGCUGCUGCAAACGUGAUUUGUGCCUUGUGCUUUGGAAAGCGCUAUGGACAUGAUGAUGAUGAGUUCAGAGCCUUGUUGCACCAGAUAGAUCAGUUUGGACAGACUGUAGGGGCUGGCAGCUUGGUUGACGUGAUGCCUUGGCUUCAGUCUUUCCCCAAUCCUGUCCGGAGUAUCUUCAAGAAUUUCAAAUACUUGAAUAAAGAGUUCUAUAUGUUUGUGAAAAGCAAGGUGGAUGAGCAUAGAGUGACUUUUGAUCCAGAAGUAACAAGGGAUAUCAGUGAUGCCAUUAUUGGUGUCAUUAAAGAGACUGACAGCGACACCGAGCUCACCAAAGACCACACAGAGGCAACAGUGGCCGAUUUGAUCGGUGCAGGUAUGGAUACUGUCUCCACUGCUCUUCACUGGAUUGUCCUCCUGCUGGCUAAACACCCUGACAUUCAAACCAAACUCCAUGAGCUCACUGACAAAGUAGUGGGGCGACACAGGCUGCCAUCUGUUGAAGACAGAGCACAUAUGCCUUACCUAGAUGCCUUCAUCUAUGAGACCAUGCGCUUCACUAGCUUUGUCCCUGUCACCAUCCCCCACUCCACAACCUCUGAUGUCACAGUCAAUGGUCUCAGCAUCCCAAAAGACAUGGUGAUCUUCGUCAAUCAGUGGUCUGUCAAUCAUGACUCCUCCAGGUGGAAAGACCCUCAUAUAUUUGACCCUUCCCGCUUCUUGGAUGAAAAUGGCUGCCUAGACAAAGAUCUCACCAAUAAUGUUAUGAUUUUCUCAGCAGGGAAGCGAAGAUGUAUUGGUGACCAGGUUGCCAAAGUAGAGAUAUUUUUGUUCUUUGCCAUUUUACUCCAUCAAUGUAGCUUUGAAAAGUGUCCAGAUCAGGACUUCUCCCUAAACUACUCAUAUGGUUUAACACUGAAGCCUUUAGAUUACAAGAUCACGGCCAAACUCAGAGGGGAAUUGUUCAAAACCCAGUAAAAAGCUGUUUGAUCAUGUGUUCUCCAACAAAACAGGUAUGUGUUCUAACAUAAAUCUUUACAUCUUGGAGCGAUCAGAACUUUUUUAAUGCAAUAAGCUUUUGACAUUGUGAUCUGAAUUCACAUCAGUUUUUGUGUUAAAAAAAGCCCCCUGUAAAUUGCACCACAUUAUUUAUUUCAGUCUUUUACUCUGGGUUAGUGAUGAAACCAUAUUAAAGAAAAAGA